AUGCAGUCCCAAUCGGCUAAAGGCUAUGUAAAUGUUGUUGAAUCAUUUACAAACAACGAUAACAACGCUAUUUCACAAUCUACUCAAUUGACAUCUAAUCAAAAUAGUGCUGGUGUAAUCAAAGCAUUAAGACGGACACGUGUAAUUCUCCUCACUCUCAUUUCAAUCGAAAUUGCUUGUACAUUGUUCUAUUUCAUUUGGAACUUAGUCGCACUAAUCAGUUAUAGUCAUUAUGACGGCAAAGAUUAUAAUAAAACGUCUAUGGAUACUUUGAUUGGCACUGUGGUAGCAAGUUUUAUUGCACUGAUAUAUGAAAUUAUUUUUCUUUGUGUGGUUAUCAAAUAUAUUCGCACCGGUAUUCUUAUUUGUGCUUGCAUUGGCAUCCUACAACUUGUAUAUCUUAUCUGUCUGAUUGUACUUCUCAUCAUUGCAAUUGUUAUAACUGCAUCGGCAGCACACAAUGUCGCUGGAGGAAUCGUUCUAGCAAUCAUUAUCAUCGUUAUAAUUGGUAUUGCUAAUAUUUUAAGCAUUUUGAGGAUUAUCUACGCAUUCAAAGCUGCUCGACUGAUUAAAGAAAAACAGGCCCACUUCAUAGUCUAA